CAGCGGCUGCAGCAUCGGGCACUCACCGCAGGGAAUGCGCUCCCGGUCCCUGCCCGCCCGGGGCGGACGGGCUCCCCACAAACCGGAUGCUCCCGCUGCCUGCACAGAGCUGUGGAUGGAAUCUUCAGACACAGAGCAAACAUUUAUCCCUUAGGUUGGAUGAAAUGAACUCAUGAGAAGCCCUCAGAAGGCUGUUUAGAAGAGAGAAGGAGAGAACUAUUUUUAGUGGAGCUACAAACAGGAAACCACCAGUGGCCAGAUAAGAUAUUAAAAAUUUAAAACUGUCGAGGCACCUCAUCCCCAGAAGGACACGGAUCAUUUCAGGGAUGCACUAUGACUUGCCAGGAAUUAAUGAGCCAAUUCUGGAAGCACUGAAAGGGAGCUGUGGUAUCCAACAAAGUUUUCUGUGACAAGUACAUUCAGGAAAAUACAGCCAAGCACGAGGAGGCUGAUCCUAAACUGACAGCUGAUGAAAGAGUGUUUGUAGCUGGGCAGCCAUGAGGAAUUGUACCAUGGAAGUCACUGAAGAGUCACCCCUGGGAAACUGUGAUGACAGCCGCCAUGAGGAAAUACCCCAACCCCAUGAACCCCAGCGUGGUGGGAGUGGAUGUCCUGGCCAGGCACGUGGAUCCCAGCGGGAAGCUGCACAGCCACCGGCUCCUGAGCACCGAGUGGGGAAUCCCGGCCAUUGUGAAAUCGCUCAUUGGCACCUGCAGGACAAGGACAUAUGUGCAAGAGCAUUCUGUUGUUGACCCUGUGAAAAAAACAAUGGAGCUUAAAUCCUGUAAUAUUUCAUUCACAAACCUCGUGUCAGUAGAUGAGAGGCUUGUCUAUAAACCACACCCUCAGGAACCACACAAAACCAUUCUGACACAAGAAGCAAUAAUAUCUGUAAAAGGUGUCAGUCUCAGCAGUUACCUAGAAGGGCUAAUGGCAAACACAAUUUCUUCCAAUGCUAAAAAGGGCCGUGAAGCAUUGGAAUGGGUCAUUAAAAGACUGAAUGCUGAAAUUGAAGAGUUGGCAGCUUCAGCACGAGGAACCAUGAGGAAUUCCAUGGCAGCAGCAGCAUUUGUAGAGAAAUGAUGAUAGUUCUUAGACCUGUGUCACUAAUGAGGCUGAACGACCUGCAGCCUCUCUCCAGGCCUAGAUACAUGUAUCCUUUGUUAUUUAAAGGAUGUGUGUAUGAGGCAUGUUAUAAAUUUAAUUUGGAGAAUUUUUCCCAAGGCUGAGACUCAAAGGCUAUUUAAUAUAUUGGGUCAGCUGGACCGAUGAAGAAAUGAAUUUAAGUGUAGUUCCUGUAUUUACAUGAACACUAACUUAUAAUGUUUGCAGAUGUGAAAUAGCCUCAUUUAGUGCUGAGGCUGCAUAUGGUGGAGGACACUGGCAUGUUAGGCUAACUUUUAUUUUUUUGUGUGACUUAUGGACUACCUCUUUUGGGACCAAGCCCAAAAUUAAGCAGAAUGGUUGUUCCAGCAUUGUUCUUUUUGUUGAUUUUUGACAGUUGUGUGAUACAACUUGGUUUAACAGAAAGCUUAUUACUUGAUGCUUGAAAUAUAAAAGAAUGUACAAAAUAUUUUUUGAUAACCUUUUUAACUUGACUGAUUAAACUAACAUGGUACUCAAAUUGUUUUUCAGGCACUAUAGGUAAAACAUCAAAGUGUCUCUUACCUACCUAUCAAGACCUAAAUCCUGCUCCUAAAUGCAACUUCAGUGAGCUGGGCAUGCAGUACCUUAAAGUCAAAUUUUAUCUUAAACUUCUGCAAUAAAUGUCUCCCUUUCUAAAAGCCCAUUACAUAAAGGUACGAUAAGCACAGAGCCUUAAAAUCUUGUAAGCUGCUACAGUAGUGGGUGUUCACUUCAAAGAACCAAUUAAAGACUAAAAAACCUUUGUGAAAGUGGCUGAGGAGAUACCUAAACAAAAAAGGAAAUAGUAUUUAGCAAUAUACUUGUUAAGUUGAUCAGAAAUAACCUGUCCCAUCCAGUGGCUGUUGUGUUCUGCUUCACUUAACCUGAGUUCUGAGUUCCAGUUCCCUUCACCCUUUGAGCUGAUUUGCUCCCAGUCCAAGGCCCUGUGUUCCCAGGGUGUUUCCUGGUACUCCCUGCAGGUUCCUGGCACUGUCACAGUCACUCCCUAGGAAGGGAAAGGUCAGCCCUUGGCACGUGCCAGGCUGUGCCAUGCGGGCACCUCACGGGACUCUGAGCCCCUUCAGGGGAGCAGGAAAAGGCAAAGGCACAGCCCAGGGGGAGCUGAUGUGGUAUUUUGGUGCCCAAGGCUCUUCCUGGAAUUUUGUUUCGAAGCUUACAAGUGAUUUCAAGGCUCUCUCAGCCUUUCUGAGCUGUAAUGUCACCCUGCCCAGCAUAUUUGAUUUUGCAUGCCAUUUCUGUUAGAUCAAAUUGCCUAUUAAGUACUGUCUGCUUACAGAGCUUCUUUUAACAAACAAGAACACUUCCAUAAGGUUUGUGCUGGGGGAAGAAAACAGGAAUAUAGAUAUAUAACUUUUAAAAAUUAACUAUUCUAAACAAUAUUUUUCUAAACAGAAAUGGCUUGAGACUACUAAUUUAAGUCAUUGAGGUUUGCCAUACUUUUACAGGAGAUUAUUACAACUGAAAUAACAUUUCAAUUUUAAAAGUGUAUGUGAAACUUCUGCAAAACUGUACCAUCAUUUCUGGUGAAAAUGCUUAGCUUGAAAUUCAUUUUAUAUGUUUGCUCAGCCAUUAGCAUCGUUUGAUAUCCUAAAGUCAGUUUUUUCAUUUCCAAAUUUUUCUGCACUAGGGACUGCAUAGUAGAACUCACAGUUUGGCCUUGCACUGAAAAAAACCUUACUGGUUAAUUUCUACAGGCAUUCAACAACUUCUUAAAAGAUAAUAAAUUUCUUUCUUCUAUUUUAUUUAUAUGCCUGCAUUCUCAUUCUGUCAGAGUAUGGCUUUCUGUAUGUGGCCCUUUUUAAAUAAAAUUCUGUUUCAAUUCUGGCUAA